CCGCCAUCUUCACUGCUACAACUGUACUAGUAGUAGCUCGUUCUCACAGGCACAGAAGGUCAGCCGAUUGCGCCGAAAGCAGGUUAUACUACACAGUACAACUACUGGCACUGGGUGGUGAACCCGCCAGUUUGCUGGCACCGCCUGUGAGAGACAACUACGACUCGACUUGUUUUCGACACAAAGCAAGCCGACAGCCAUCCCUAGGUUCCUACAGUACAUACUACUCGUCACUCCUACAAGCCUCCUGAGCUCAGCCGUCCAUCAUCCAUCCAUCAAACGACCACCCAAACAUCCUGGACCAUCACCCUCCUUUGUGCACGUUCCCUGCCCGUGGCGUCCAGCUGAUGCCCUCUAUCGUUCCGAAGCCACAUCACAUGUAAUUGGCACAUACACAUUACAAUACCCUUACUUGGCUUUUUUCAGGCAGGGGUGCAAUCACUAUACAUCAUCCGGCCGCCGUCAUGGCGAAUUCGAAUUCCUCCUCGUUAGAGUCUCCUUUAUCUUCCAACGCACCUGCGCCUCGACCCGCGCCAGGCAAUCGGGCAUAUACCGCCCCGGACAAGAUGGCGGUCAAUGGGCACUUUGCCUCGGUCGGCCAGAAUGGAGAUGCCAACUAUGAAAAUGGGGUGCAAGUCAUCGAUGAAAACAAGGAGUUCAACCCCGACCUUGCGAAGUACCUCAACUACACCGGAGUCUCACACGCCGGAUUCAACUAUCAUCUCAUUUCCGUGUUUGGCUCACAAUCCACCGGCAAGUCUACACUUUUAAAUGCACUCUUCCAGACCGAUUUCUCCGUCAUGUCCGAGUCGGAAAGACGACAAACGACCAAGGGUAUCUGGCUGGCGAAGAACAAAUCGUCGUCCACGAAGAUGGCAGACAAUAUCCUGGUCAUGGAUGUCGAAGGUACCGACGGCCGGGAAAGGGGCGAGGACCAGGACUUCGAACGCAAGAGUUCUCUGUUCGCAUUGGCAACCAGCGAAGUGUUGAUGGUCAAUAUCUGGGAACACCAGGUUGGAUUAUACCAGGGGGCCAACAUGGGGUUGUUGAAGACAGUGUUCGAGGUCAACCUGCAACUCUUCCUGAAAGAUAGGAAGUCGACGUCGCGCAGCCUGUUAUACUUUGUGAUUCGAGAUUUCCUUGGAACCACGCCUUUGCAGAAUCUCCGGAAUACUCUGAUGCAGGAUAUGGGUCGCAUUUGGUCAAGCCUGUCAAAACCUCCGGGGUUGGAAAACAGCAGCAUUGACGACUAUUUUGAUUUUGCCUUCACCGCUCUGCCGCACAAAUUGUAUCAACCCGACCAGUUCAGGGCCGAAGUUGCCAAGAUGGCCACGCGGUUUAAUGAAGGUCGACGCGAUCCGAGGAGGGACGCCCUUCUAGGCGAGUUUGAGGGCGGCAUCUUCCUUCCGGAGUAUCACCGCAGAAUUCCCGCCGAUGGCUUUUCUCACUAUGCCCAAGGCAUCUGGGAUCAGAUCGUCAACAACAAGGAUCUCGAUUUACCCACGCAGCAAGAACUUCUUGCCCAGUUCCGGUGUGAUGAAAUCAUGAGGGAGGUGAUGGUCGACUUUGAUGUGGCCAUCACGCCGUUGGAGACCAAACAAGCCGAAGCUACAAAGAUGGGCAAGCCCGAAGUUCUCCCUGGACUGGGGGCGGCGAUGAAGGCUGCCCGGUCGGAAGCCUUCAAAAACUUUGAAACGGAAGCGAGCAGAUAUCACAAGGGAGUGUAUCAGCGCAAGCGAACCGAGCUGGAGAGCAAGAUCGAUUCGCGGCUCAAGGCACUGUUCGCCAGUCAACUUACAGCGGCGCACAAGGACGGCGUCCAACAGUUUUCCGAUGCUGUCAGCUCUGCAGUCAAGACGGGACAAAAGAAAGGAUCGUCUUAUGACUUUGCGGAGAUUGUCAAGGAACAAAAGGAAAUCGCCCUCGAGAAAUUCGAUGCGCACGCCAAGGAGGCUGUUAUUGAAGGCUUGCCCUGGUCUAGCUAUAAACAGGAUCUGGCACUAUACCAGAAAGAGCUGGACAAGGUGUCUGGACAGCUACGUCGCGACGAGAUGCGCCGGUUAGCCACAAGGGUGGAGCGAUGGGUUCGAAGCAAACUCAGCGACAGUAUCGGGUUGGAGUUCAAUGCACUCGGAUCGGGUCACAGUGGCAGCAGGGCUCCCGAGACAGGAGACAAGCCGUCGGAAACGGAGAUUUGGGACCGGAUAUGGGCUCUGUUUACUUCUACGGUUCAGGAGGCCGAGAAGCGGUUCGCCGACCGAGCAGCCUCUUUCGACGCUAGUGCCGAAGAAGUCGAAGUUGGCAUCUGGCGAUUACGGAGGAAAUCUUGGGGUGUGCUACGGGCCAAGAUCGAUGAAGAAAUGAUGGAAGGUAAUCUCUUGCUCAAGCUUCGAGAAAACUUCGAGGACAAGUUCAGAUACGACGAGGCGGGCGUUCCGCGGAUAUGGCGUCCGACCGACGACAUCGAGGGCAUCUACACCAAAGCCCGUGAGAGCACCUUGACUCUGAUCCCUCUAUUGUCACGGUUCCGCCUUUCAGAAACCGGCGCACCACCACCGCUCGAUCGGUGGAUUGGACCCACUCCGGCCGCCGCGACGUCGGCCGACGAGGAAGAUCUGGUGCCUAUUGGCGGCGUGGACGAGGAUGAGGGAAAGAGCCUGGAGGAAGAAACCACGAUUCUCAACGAAGCCAAGCGGCAAGACUUGACGGUUCGAUUCAAAAAGGCCGCCGACGGGGUCUAUGUCGAGGCCAAACGUAGUGCGAUUGGCGGCAUGACUCAGGUGCCGCUGUACUUUUACGGCUUGUUGCUUGCCCUGGGGUGGAAUGAGAUCGUAGCUGUCCUCCGAAACCCCGUCUACUUUAUCUUUCUCAUUCUUGUCGCCAUCGGCGCCUACGUCACUUACACCCUCAACCUCUGGGGUCCGAUGUACAAGAUGGCCAAUGCGGCGUCCCAGCAAGCUUUGGAAGAAGGCAAGAAACGGCUGCGCGAGUUCCUGGAGGAAAGCCCUACGGCCCGCCAUGCAGUAGCCAUGACGACCGGAAACGAGGAAUACGAAAUGAAGAGUAUGGGUGGUUCCUCCUUGUCCUCCAAAUCCAAGCUCAAGACCGACGGUGCCAAUGAUGAAGAUGACGUUGAAGACAUUUAGCUAGCUGGGCGGGUUGGUUGACCUGACACCCCUUUUGUUACGGCUGGCGUGGUGUUUUUCGGCAUGUUGGGUCACAGGAUAUCGUGGAAAUGAGGCCCGGAUGUGAGACAGAGCAAGAAAACCUGGAAGUCUUGUCUUGUCUUGGUUGGUUGUCUGUUGACUUGGUGACCUGGAUGAUGCAUCAAUCAAUCAAAUCAAUCCAAUCCCAAUGGAAUGGUUUAACGAUCAGGCUGCCCACGUUUUUUCCCCCUGCUAGUACUAGCAGGACCGUGAGACAAGAAUUCAAAAAAGCCUGUAACAUGCCCGUGUCAAGCAGAAUGCAUGCGAUGUGAUGUGCCAGGUUGUACUGUCCGCAUCAAACUUUGUAUUGCAAAAACACACUUGAAGCACGUAAAAUGUCGUUCUGUCCCGUCCAGUGUCAUUCAUUCUGUCUUGAUUGUAUUUCAUAUUCAUAUUGUAUAUCUGG